AUGGCAUCAUUCCCUUUCGACCUCCGCAGUAUCGAUAGACAAGCUCUUUUCUACAACUGGGACAUGGCUGAAGCCGUGAGAAAGUCUCGACAGUCUUCUCCUUGUAAGGCUAACCAUCUGGUAGUGCUUGUACACGGUCUCUGGGGCAAUGCGAGCCAUCUCAACUAUGUCGCCCAGGCGCUCCUCGAACGCCACGGCGAGGACGAACUCGUCUUACUCUCCUGCCGCCGUAACAACGGUAGCCUCACUUACGAUGGCAUCGACGUCGGCGCCGAACGAGUGGCAAAAGAAAUUGAGGAUAUACUAGAAGAGCUGGAACGGGAUGGAUUCAAGAUCACAAAGUUCUCGGUGGUCGGAUACUCUCUUGGGGGCCUGGUUGCUCGCUAUGCCAUUGGCUUGCUCUACCAUAAGGGAUACUUUGAGAGAAUGAUUCCGGUCAACUUUACGACCUUCGUCACCCCCCAUCUGGGCGUCAGGACUCCGUUGACAGGAUAUCAGAAUCAUCUGUGGAAUGUUUUAGGCGCGCGGACACUAUCCACUUCUGGACGUCAACUGUUCAUGAUAGACCAGUUCCGCAAUACCGGGAGACCGAUCUUGAGCGUUUUGGCAGAUCCCGAUAGCAUCUUCAUCCAUGCACUUGCGCAAUUCCAACACCGCUCGCUUUACACCAAUAUUGUCAACGAUCAUUCUGCAGUUUUCUAUACCACCGGAAUCUCUAGGACAGAUCCCUUCGCCAACCUGGACAAAGUUAAUCUUCACUACAUGAAAGACUAUGAGCCGGUCAUAUUGGACCCAGACCAUCCAUGUGAUCUGAUUCCAGAGCACGAAUUACCGACCUUCUACCAACGGUUUCGCUACCACAGCCAAACCUUGCCCCGGCGGGCCCCAAUCCUUUUCGCUUUGGUCAUCCUGGUUCCCAUCGCCACUCUAGCAUUCUUGGUCAAUGCCUGCGUUCAGACACUGCUGAGCCGUCGUCGGAUUCACCUUCACCAAAGUGAUCACGAUGGGGCGGGCUUUGGGGUAUAUCGAAUACCGUAUAUGGUGAGAGAGAUGCGGGUGGGCCUGGAAGACGCAUUUGAGAACGUGAAUUCGGCUCAGCAGCAGGAGUAUCUGCCUGAAGGCUCAGAAGAGAUGGUAGGCGCGUCGGGUUCUCCCCCGAUGUCUGCCAUUCCCCAUACAUCAUCAGAAUCACUACUCUCCGAAAAGCCAGAUACUGAUAGGUCGAAAAGGGAGAUUGUGGCAUCAGAAAGAUCCCCAGAAUUUCCUACGUUGGCAUUGACUACGUCACAGUUUGCCAUGAUCAAGGCCCUCGACGACGUUGGGUUCCGGAAGUAUCCCGUGUACAUUCACAAGAGCAGUCACAGUCACGCUGCGAUCAUUGUGCGAGCUCCGAAAGCGGCUUUCGAAGAGGGAAAGCUGGUGGUCAAACACUGGUUGGAGAAUGAAUUUCACAUCUAG